AUGCAUUGGCGCAUUCAGUAUAUGAACAUUCGUUCAUUGAGCGAUCGUGUUUCUGUGCUUCUGAGUUUCGCGUUCCCGACCCUGGAUGUUGGUACCUGGCUUGUACCUGGACCUAAACGGGGAGGUUCAAUGAGGACUCAGGCGAUGGGCCCCUUCGUGGGUGGACCUGGGAUGUGGGAUAGGAGGUGUUUGAUGGGCCGCCUUGUCCUUGGGCGUCAGCGCUUGGUCCAACGAGGGCGUUUGGGACGCAGUAUUGACGAAGUCGAGAUGCAAACCUUGGACGCGGAGGCUGACACGGACGCCACUGCCACUGCCAGCAAAUCUGUUACCUUCAGCGAAAAUCAAAAUCGAAACGUAAACGUAAAAGGAAGUUGGAGCUCGGGUGCUCGUUCUAGUUCCACUGUCACCGCCUCCGUUACCGCCACAGCGACAUCCACGAGCACUACCAUGACGGUACGCCGGCGACCGAGCAAUGAGAGCAUAAAGGAGAGUAUAGCACUUAAGCCGCGCGUGUUGGGUGUAUUUGUGCCUUCACUCCCUGUGGAGCUAUGGGCGCUGAUAUUUGGCUAUUCGUGCGCGGCGUACUUUAAUCGUCCGUCUGCGUCUUCUUCCGAUGACAGAGAAACCAAAAACAAAAGCGAUAACGACUCUACCUGGGCGUCCGCGCCCGCGCCCGCAUCACCCAGCAUCCCACAGCACAUCCGGCGCGCGCAGUACACCGCGCGCCUGCGCCACGCCGACGCCAUCUCGCGCGUGUGUAGGCUUUGGAACCUGGUGGUGCAGGAGGCGAUGUAUGAGGUCGUGUGGAUUGGGAGUGCACGGCAGGGGAGGUUGGUCGCGGAGAGGUUGGGUGGGGAUGCCUGUUUAGAAGGGUUGAGGGGUGGAGAAGUGAGUACGACUGUGUUUGCGGGAGGUAGAGGUGAGAAAAAGAGGAAGAUGGGCUGGUUCGGACGUGUGCGUGGGCGCUCGCGGAUGGCGACGAAGGACAGUAAUAUUGCACAACCAUCACCCGUCUCGGCCUCCUCCUUAAAGUCAACAUCCGCUCCCACCAUUUCUCAAGUUCGAAGCUGCAACCCAGGCAUCCACAUUCGCGCACUGCACAUCGAGACGCCGAGCAUGGAGCGCUGUUCGCCGCAUGAUCUCCUUCUGAUCCUGCAACACUGCCCGCGGCUGGAGACGUUUGUGGACGCGAGGAGUGUAAGGAGGCCGAUGCAUCCUCUUGUGCUCAGUUUAUCGCCCGUAGCCCCGUUUGCUGCUUCACGAGUGCAAGCCCUGGAAACGCACACGGACUCUGACCUACUCACUACCGACGCACUUCUGGACACUCUUCUCGCGCGACCACUCAAGAAGCUCACGUGGACGAAUUAUGAAUACGAUGUUAUGAAUCAUGACGGGGGUCACAGAUUUUAUGAAGAUGUGCUUGCACGGCGAUUGGGUGCCCAGGGAGGUGUUGGGGAAGGGUUGGAGGAAUUGGAGGUUGUUGUCAGUGGGAAAAGUGCGUUUGGGAUGGGAAGCAGGAAUACGAGUGAGGAGAGGCAGUGGGGUGUGCAUUUCGGAGAUGGAGGUGAUGAAGAAGAAGAAGAAUUAAAUCAAAACGGUAUGGGGUUGAGUUUCGUGACCCACUUCGAAUCGAGGGUCAGUGCUUUGAAGCUCACGCAACUCACUGCACGAUAUACGACGACGACGACGACGACACGGAGCUUCGUAUCACACUCUCCAACUUCGUCUGAUAUUGAUGGGCCGACGCUUACCCUCCCCGCCCUCCGCACGCUGACGGUCACGCUCGACAACACGACGUUCGCAGUGCUCUCGACUUGGUCCAUGCCCCUGCUCACUGCACUGUGUAUCACCUCCGCCGAUUUUGGGUACCGCGGAAACGGAUUCCGUGCGUUCUUCGAAAUGCACGGUGCCAAAAUCAAGCAGCUCGAACUCGGACACUCAAGCGCAGACCUUGGCCAGGAGGAGGCGUGGGUCACCCAGCGCCCCUCAGACAGUUCAACCGCCACGAGCAGCCCACAGAACGAGCCGCCCAGUAUCCCUCUUGCAGCGUGGUGUCCGAACCUGUCGACGUUCAUUUGUAGUGCAGACGCGGAAUGGAGCUGGUUGUCACCGGACUGGAUUGCACCGCAUGUUCUGCUGCCUGCGCAUCCUGGUCUCGAGCGUAUCGGGGUACGUGGCGUCGAGCGGCGGGUCAGGUCUGAUUGGGAAGACGCAGAAAGAAGAGCGGGCGGUGCAUAUGUGUACGAGGUCGUCGAUGGUGUUGUCCGUGUUGGUGCUUCCUCUGAUGCUGGUGUACGAAAUGGGGGUGAAGAUUACCCUUUCUUCAUGCUCGCCGAGCAAUUUGGGAGCUUAUUACGGCGGGAGGCUUUCCCAUCCCUCGCACGUGUGUGUGAUAUGAGCUGGGAGAGCGAUAUGAUUAGGAAAUCGGGGAGGCUAUCGCCUUCAAUGGCCUUUUCGGAUUCCUGCUCUCUGUCCUUAUCGCCGCCCUUGCCGUCAUCCCCACGAAUGCACUGGCUCCCUUCUUCUCCACCUAAAAAGCACUCUAUCAAGGGUGUACAUGCUGAGCGUGUUCGUCGUGUCGAGCGUGCGCAGAAGAGGCAGAUAGAUAGAUUUUGGGGAGGUGUUUUAAAGAGCUGCGAGGAGCGCGGAAUUAGAUUGGAGAAUUGGCGGGGAGAGGAAGUGAUUUUGGCAGUACAAGGUGAAGAUUCUGGGUGCCGAUGA